UGGCCUUGUUUUUCUUGGAACUCUCCAAAGGCUGUUUUGCAGUGAGUGCAAGGAAUAGUAAAUUUGUGGGCUUGGCUUCUUUGAGAUUGUCAGCAAUGGGGUCUAAAAAUGCACGUCAUUCUAAAUCCUCAGCAUCAUCAUCCUCGCCUUUAUCAUCACCUGCAGCCAAAUUGGGUGAACCUGAAAGUUCUCCUAAGGGUGGCAUAAGUCUAGAUGAGAUUCUUGAAAUUGAUUUGGAUAAAGUAGAGAAAAUGACAGUCCAGCAACUCCGAGUUAAACUAAGGAGUGUUGGAAUUCCAGCCAAAGGUUCCAAGAAUGAACUUGUCUCUGCCUGGAAGGAGUUCGUUAAAAGCAAAACAGAUGGCACAGGUUAUUUGGAGCUAGAUGAUCAUGAAUCUUCUCGAAAGAAGUCCAAUGAAAGCAAUUCUCAAAAAGCUGGAAGUUUGCCUUGCAGAGAACAUGUUAUGACUAGAAGCUCUGGAACUAAACGAACUAAGAGAAAGGUAGAAGAAAGCCUUAUCGGCCAUAACAAAGUUGAAAUCAACAGAAUGGGAUCGAGUGCACAAGAUGAGCAAUCUAUUGAGUAUCCUGAGCCAAUAGCUAAGAGAUCAAUUACGACAAAGAGAAAGGUCUCAUCAGAAGUCAUCAAUAUGAGUUCUGAAGCAUCCAAUUCUGUUCAUUCCUCUGGAGAACCUUGGACAAUUCUCACUCAUAAGAAGCCCCAAAAAGGGUGGGUUGCAUACAAUCCCAAAAUCAUGCGGCCUCCUCCUCUUGCUGGUGACAUUAAGCAUGUUAAGCUAAUGUCCUGGAAUGUAAACGGUUUGAGAGCUCUAUUAAAGUUGGAGAGCUUGUCUGCACUGCAACUGGCUAGAAGAGAAGAUUUUGAUGUUCUGUGCUUGCAAGAGACAAAACUUCAGGAGAAAGAUGUUGAGGCAAUCAGGCAUACUCUUCUUGAAGAUUAUGACCAUAGCUUUUGGACGUGUAGCGUCUCGAAACUUGGGUAUUCUGGGACUGCAAUCAUUUCACGGAUGAAACCACUUUCUGUCAGAUAUGGUCUGGGCAUCUCAGAUCACGACACUGAAGGACGCCUUGUGACAGCAGAAUUUGACAACUUCUAUUUGUUGAGUGGAUACGUGCCUAAUUCUGGUGAUGGUCUGAAGCGACUGUCAUACAGAAUAACCGAGUGGGAUCCGUGUCUUGGUAACUACUUGAAAGAACUAGAAAAAUAUAAGCCUGUCAUAUUGACUGGUGAUUUGAAUUGUGCUCAUCAAGAGAUUGACAUUCAUGAUCCUGCUGGAAAUAAAAGAAGUGCUGGGUUCACAGUUGAAGAAAGACAAUCAUUUGAGACAAACUUCUUAAAUAAGGGCUUCGUGGAUACCUUCAGGAGGCAGCAUCCUGGUGUUGUUGGCUAUACUUAUUGGGGGUAUAGACAUGGUGGACGGAAGGCUAAUAAAGGAUGGCGGCUGGAUUACUUCCUUGUCUCAGACUGUAUCGCGGACAAGGUUCACGACUCGUACAUUCUCCCAGAUGUUACAGGCAGUGAUCACUGUCCAAUUGGUCUCAUUCUUAAGCUCUAGGCCUAGCACUGUCCUUGGCCAAUUCCUACCAGCAUUCAUAAUCGGUACAUAUACGGUGGUUAAAAUGCAGCAUCAAGAGCGAAGUGGCAGGAAAUUCAUGAGGCAGAAUGAAGUGCUUUUGUGAACAAGUGAAUAUGCUGUAGCUGGUACUUGAAAGAGUGCUCGAUGAUUUGCACAACAAUUUGAAGAACCUAGGAGGAUUUCAAGUUGGUUUUAAUUUCACUCAAUAAUUUGCUCAAUCAUGCUAGCCGAAUGAUGACUGUCUGACUGACUCUGUAAUUGCACCUGGCGCAAAUAUGUAUAGUAUUUCCAGGGUUUUCUUAGUCUAAUUGCCUUUUGAUGUGACCACACAGUGCCUUAAUCCUUCUCAGGAUGUUAACAUAUACUAAGUUUUUGUGCUAGAAAUAGCAGCUGUCACCAAGCCUGUUACUACUUUGUCAGACCUUUGGUUAUAACCAAAAACAGGUUGGCUUCCAGCUUAAGAGUAAGCAUUCUCAAGGGUCAAUGCCUUUUGACAAUGUCAACUCCUUAACCCAAGCAA